CCUCAGGCGUCGCCGCUCGAGCAGGACUCGUGCAUUGGGAGCCCGGGUGGCUGGAGCCGAAUCGCUUUAGACCCUGCCGGGAACCAGGACCAGCAGAGCCCGGCGGCUCCCAGCGGAACAGAGACUGGGUAUUGCACAACAACAGUAAAACCAGAACCAGCUUCUGAAAGCACCUGUGUGCAGGAAAUGGUGGUGAGGAAGACUGAGGAUAUGACAGGCUUUAUGGACGACUUAACCCUCAGCUCACCGAAGAAGAGAGAGUCGUCUGUGAGAUCCAGGAGGAGUUGUGACAGGUCAUCCACAAGGUCAUCCAGCAGAUCAUCUUGCAGUUCACGGUCCAGUUCAAAUAGUUCCUCUUCAGCUUCCUCCAGGAGUUGGAGCCGGUCCAGAUCAAGGUCACGGGGUGGAAGAACCAGUUCCCGAAGGUACAGAAGAUCCUCCCGCUCGUAUUCCAGAAGCCGGUCGAGAUCCCAUGGCUACACGCGGUACCGUGGCAGGUACCAUGUCAGAUACUACCGCAGAUACCGCCGCUCACCACCAAGGUACCGGUCCCGCAGCCGGUCCUGGUCCCGUGGAAGAUCCUAUUACAGAAGGUCAUACUCGAGAAGCAGAUCACGUUCUAGAUGCAGAAAAUAUUAUGGAUUUGGGAGGACAAUAUACCCUGAGAUUUACAGGAGCUGGAGGAGCAGGUCACGAUCAAGAUCCUGCAGUAGGUCACCUCUCCACUUGAGUGCAAAAGACAAAAAGGAACUCCUUGAAAUUGCAAAAGCAAAUGCUGCAAAAGCUCUGGGAACAGAUAACAUCAUCUUGCCAGCAAGCUUGAAGAUGUUUACUCCUCCCAAAGAGAGAAAAAGCACCAAACAAAAGCAGGAAGAUCCUGGGGAGUCAGCUGAGCGACCCACAAGACCAGCAGGAAACAUGACCAAGAGUGGAAUAGAGAGAGCAGCUAUACAGAAGAGCAUUUCCUUCAGUCCUAAUAAUACAAUGGCAAAACCAGUCCUACAGAAGCCAGUAAGCCAAGUGGUUAAAGAACCAGCAGUCUCCCCGGCAAGAGAAGAUGACAGGAAGGGAAGUCCCUAUGGGCAGUGGGUUCCUGUCAGGAAGGAGGAGAAGAAAACAUUUCUCAACUUCUCACCCAAAAGCGCCUUGUUCCGGGCACGCUGACUUGUUUGUCUGUGUCUGACUGCAGCGUUGCGCACGCUUCAGUAGCGAGGGCUGAAACGGUCUGAUCAGGGUGAAGAUUUAUUAAUGCUGAGUGUUCAUAUUGAGAUCUUAAUUGCGGAAUCUUAGGUUUCUCUUUCAGAUCUAGAGCACAGUGAUCCGCCAGCCACAGAUGGGACUCUUGUGUAUAGUUGUACGUGUUUUGUAUUGCUUUAAUGGACUAGAGCUUACAGGUGGGUAACUUUUUCUAAACAACUGUUCAGUAGCUGUUAUUUUGAAGUCUUGAUUUAUACUGUGUAGCUCGUCAAGUGAAUAAACUUAAAUUUUGCACUGGC